UGUAGCCAAGAGAAGAUGGUUUGUUGUAUUUAUGUGCUUUCUAAUAAUGUCACCUGCUGAAGGGAGUUUCAUGCGUGGUAUAUAUUCAAAAACUCAAUCUGCCCAAACAAUUUCAGACAGUGACAUCAAUCAACAUGUUCCAGUUGUUCAUUCAGGUCAUGGUGCUUCAAAAACAGUUGUUUAUUCGGUCCAUAAUACUGUGAGCGUCUUCAAUGUAGACAAAUAUGGAGCAGGAAUCGAUGGAAAGCAUUCUUCUGAGAGAACUGCAGCUACAAUGGAGAGGGUGCUGAAGGGUCGCAAACUUUCUGAGCCAAGUAAACCUAAGCUUGAUCGAGGACAUGGUCCUCAGCACAAUUAAACAAUAUAUUUUUAUCACUAUAUCAUAUGUUGUAUUUAGAUAGGUUAUUGAAGUACAGUAUACAAUUAUUCUGGUAGUUACAUUGUAAGAGAGCGCUGCAG